AUGUCCUUCACAGGCCCCGUUCAUAUCGCUGUAAUCGGUGGCACUGGGCUGGAGCACCUGCCUGACUUCCGCAAAGCCGCCAUUCUAACCGUUGACACGCCAUGGGGCCCGCCGUCUUCGCCCAUCACCAUCCUCGAACACCCUUCUCCGACCACCGGCCAUCCCAUCCCCAUCGCUUUCCUCGCCCGCCAUGGACCACACCACGCCCUUGCGCCUCAUGAAGUCCCCUCCCGCGCGAACAUCGCCGCCUUGCGCCACAUCGGCGUCAGAUGUAUCAUCGCUUUUUCCGCGGCGGGAAGUUUGGCGGAAGAGGUUAAGCCGAGAGAUUUUGUCGUUCCGGACCAGGUUAUUGAUCGGACCAAAGGGGUCAGGCCGUGGACUUUCUUCGAAGAAGGCGUGGUUUGUCAUGUCCCCUUCGCGGAUCCAUUUGAUGCGAAGGUAGGGGACGUGGUGAGGCAGUGCGGCCAUAGCCUGGAGGGAGACGGCGUGGUGUUGCAUGAUUCAGGCACGUUGAUUGUUAUGGAGGGACCGCAAUUUAGCACUCGCGCCGAGUCAAACCUGUACCGCACCUGGGGCGGUACUGUUAUCAAUAUGUCGACCUUACCAGAAGCCAAACUCGCUGCCGAGGCCGAGAUCGCCUAUCAGGUUAUCUUGAUGAGUACGGACUAUGAUUGCUGGCACGACGUCCACGGCGACGUCUCCGUCGAGAUGGUCAUGGGACACAUGCGUGCUAACGCCGUCAACGCCCGCCGUUUCAUUGCUGCCGUGUUAGACGAGCUCUCCAAAGAAGAACACGACGACCUUGUCCGAGCCACGCACCUUGCCGGGGCAAGGAAAUUUGGAGUCAGUACCUACCCCGAAGGACGAGGGGAAAAGGCAUUGGAGAAGUUAAGGUGGCUGUUUGAGGGAGUACUGAAGUGGACGGUUGGUCACGGCUCUUCCCCAGCAAUUCUCUCAGCAACGGUAGAAUGGUGUCGUCGGAGUUCCCAGAACCGUACGUGGUCGAGCCCCCGACCGGGCCACUCGCACACGCACACCGUCAUCUUUCUCCACGGGCGCGACAGCAGUGCGCACGAGUUCGCCAACGAGCUGUUUGAUAGCGAGGCGAGCCCAGAGCUCGCGGAUAGUGACCGCACACUACCCGCCCUCCUCCCGACCGUGCGCUGGGUCUUCCCUCAGGCACCGAUGCUGUGGUCCGCGCGCCUCCGUUCGGAAAUGCCACAGUGGUUUGACAUGUGGACGACCGAGGAUCCCCGCGAGGCUGAACAUGCGGCCCUCCAACGCCCUGGUCUCCGGCGCGUCGUCUCGCAGAUCUUGCACACGCUGGACUCCGAGGAGCGGCUGGUCCCUACGACCCGCAUCUUCGUGUGCGGCAUCAGCCAGGGAUGUGCGGCUGCGAUUGCGGCGCUGAUAAGCCGCGACGGCAACGCGUGGCGUCGCAUGGCCGGGCUUGCCGGGCUCGCGGGCCUGUCGAGUUGGAUGCCGCGACAAGUCGAAGUGGAUGAGAAGGAGCAGGGCGCCCAUUACCACCGCCCGGCCGAUUGUGAAGCGUGGCGGACCCUACCGGUAAUGCUACAGCACUGCGCCGAUGACGAAGUCAUUACCGUCUCCCAUGGGCGGCAUCUCCGCGACGAGCUGACCAAUACGUGGAGCCACCAGGGGGUCGAGUGGAGCGAGUACGAGGACGGGAGGCACUGGCUGAACGAGCCGCGCGGGGUGGACGACCUGGUUGGGUUCCUGCGGCGGUGUAUGGCGAAGGAGAGGUUGCCGCAGCACCAACAGCCGGAGAACGGCCGAACAUGGACACGGAUUAUAGAUGAUCAACAGCCGCAGAACGACGGGACAACUGAACGGAUCGAGAUGAUCAACAUGAACGAUACUGGUGCCGUUGUGCUCCAAACGAGAACAAGACAACGACGUUCGAAAAAGAUCAUUCAAGACAACGAACAAUUGGCAAUUAAGAUGGCUCGAAUCACACCGUAG